CCCUCGCAUUGUUUUGGUUUUGUGACCGUGAUGGCUUCUGAUGGCAUUACCUAGCCUACAGUAGGUAUCUUGAGGCAUAGGCCUACUGCUAGCAGAAUCCAUUACAGUAAGGUUAAGUGGCAUAUGCCCAAACUGCCUGUAACUUAGGCUACCUACUUACGGCUGCAGAAAUCACUGCUCUCACGCUAUUUGGAGAAAUCUUACAGAAAUUCGACGCUGGGAGACAUCUGACACUUACUGAAAAUCCUGUACUCAAACCGUUAUCAGGAGCAUGAGUCAUCGACCUAUCAUUAAAUCACUGUAGCAAGUGCAUGAAAACCGAGCGUUCAAAUCUUUUUCAAUGUAACCACACGAUGGCAGUAUGACCCUUUCUCUUCUCGUCCUUCACAUUUCCCAUAGAAGAAACGUAGUACUCUCAUUUCUCGCGAUGGUUGAGUGACGAUCUAUUUAAGGAAGGGUUAACGUUAGUGUUUGCAUGGCAUAAUGUCUGAACAUCUACCUUCACCUAAGAUGGCCUUUCAUUCAAAGACACACAAGGACACCAUCCUGAAUAAAUUUGAUAUGCUGAGAAAAAAAGAUAUUCUUUGUGAUAUCACCCUCAUUGUGGAACAAGUGCACUUCAAAGCGCACAAAGCCCUUCUAGCAGCCAGUAGUGAAUACUUCUCCUCCUUGCUGAUGGCUGUCGACUUGCCCACUACUUCCCAGGCUGUGUACCAGCUGGAAGGCAUAGCCGCACAGGCCUUUGGGGCAGUGUUGGAGUUCAUUUACAGUGCCAGCGUGUGUGUGGAGCAGAGUGCCGCUGAGCAACUCCUGAGCACUGCCCGCUUCCUUGGGAUCACUGACCUGCUAUGUGCAGACAGGAAAGAUGAGGGGGCGACUGUUUCCUCACCGGAAUGUGACAGUCUUGAACUGGUGCCUGUCACCUGUCAUCAAGACUCAAACGGGGCAUUUAGGAAUAAGUCAGACGGAGCAUUUAAAAAUGGCGAGGCGUCUGGCUUUGAGGCACAGACUCCACCAAAGCGUAAGAGAGGGCGACCUCGAAAGAACACACAGGCAGUUGUCACCAAAGUGACAGACACAGUUGUGGAUGAUGACAUCUCAGCCGCAUCCAAUCAGAUGUCUGUCAGUGAGGCCAAGGCAACAGAUGGUCAGGAUGGAGGAAACGACCCUGGGAAUGAAGGCGAGGUCAACGAGCGUCUGUCUGAGUCACCGAGAGAUGACGGCAAAGACCCAGACGACGCCGAUUACGUCCCGUCCUCUCGUGGCUUGCGCCACAGCAAGCGUAAGAUCAAGCGGCCAGUGAAGCUGAGCGGUUACCGGCUGGGGGACCAGGCGUCUGAACCGGGGCAGCCUGGGAAGAGAGGCAGGAAGAGGAAGUAUCCCGACACCGAGGCCCGCUGUGAAGACUGUGGAAAAGUCUUUAAGAACCACGUCUUCUUGAAGGUGCAUCAACGGACUCACACUGGUGAGAGACCCUAUGGGUGCCAUAUCUGUGGAAAGGACUUCACUCAGAAGCACACCCUCCUGAUCCACCAGCAGAUGCACACUGGGGAGAAGCCUCAUGUCUGCACCAUCUGCAAAAAGGCCCUGUCCACCAAACACUCUCUGCAGGAGCACAUGAACUUGCACACUGAGCAGAAGUUGUUCAGCUGUGACCAGUGUGGACGAAGUUUCACCCAGAAGCGGCAGCUAAAGAGCCACUACAGGAUUCACACAAGCCAGUCGCUGCCCGAGUGUGCCCACUGCCAAAGACGCUUUCUGGACGCCGCCCAGCUCAAGAAGCACCUGAGAACUCACACGGGUGAGAAGCCUUUCACGUGUGAGAUCUGUGGAAAGUGUUUUACAGCCAAGAGCACCCUUCAGACCCACAUCAGAAUCCACAGGGGGGAGAAGCCGUACGUGUGCAGCGUGUGCGGUAAGUCCUUCUCAGAUGCGAGCGCGCACAGGCGCCACGUGUCCUCACACUCGGGUAAGAAGCCCUUCAGCUGCCCCGUCUGUAGCUUGUCCUUCGCUCGGCCCGACAACCUCAAGGUCCACGCCAAGACCCACAGCAAGGAGUGGCCCCGCGACCCUGGCACGGGCCAAGAGACCCACGAGGCCCCUGGGGACGGCGCGGUGGUGCUGAGCUCUGGGGUGUCGGGCUCGGCCACGGACGACGUGCGGGGCCUUAUCCAGCUGCAGCCCUACCAGGUGCCCGCCGGGGGCGAGCAGCAGGAGAUCCAGCUGGUGGUGACGGGCGACGUGGAGAACAUCAACUUCGUUCCCGGCCAGGAGUCGGGGAUCAGCAUCAUCACCACGACGACGAGCGAGAGCAACGGCGCGGGCGGCGGCGGAGACCCCCAGGGCGCCCAGAGCCUCACGCUGCUCACGCAGCCGUCAGGGCACCACAUGCUGGUGACGCAGGACGCGGGCGACCCCUCCGCGGCACACAUCCAGACCAUCAGCAUGCUGGAGGGCCAGGUGGGCGCGGGGGCCGGCGGCGGUGUCGGGCAGGGCGAGCAGAUGCACGUCAUCCUCACCAAGGAGGCCAUGGAGCAGCUGCACCAGCACGCCCAGGCGCAGGCCCAGCCAGGCAGCCAGGGGGCGCUGCAGCUCCUUCAGCCGCGCGGCGGCGCCGCCCAGCUCCUGCCGCAGCCUCACCUCCAGCACCACCACCACCACCACCACCACGCCGGCCUGCCGCAGAUGACCGUGGCCUCGGACACCACGGCACCCUCCCAGGGCGAGAGGGAGAGCCAGGCCAUCCACAUCAGCAGCCAGGCCGGACAGCCCAUCUGCAUCAGCCAGACCAGCCAGCAGAUCCCCAGCCACCACAUCCAGGGCCAGACCUUCCAGAUCCAGGCAGGGAACGUCUCCUACCUGUACACCACCAGCCUCGCCCCCAACACCUGACCCAGGUGUUCACCUUCACCCCAGCGGCAGUAUGAAUGAACUGAUGUAAAGUAAACCGCUAAAGACUGGGAAAUGAAAUCCAGUGUAAAGACUAUUGGUACAGGGUCACUGGUAAUGAUAUGUCUUCCUUUAAAGGAACCCUCAGUGCCUGUUGCAGUCCAUUUUAAUGUCAUACGCAAAAAUGCCUAAUCAACAACCAAUUUCUAUUUUAUUUCCCUCUUCAUUUUAAUCUGUAUACUUCAUUGUUGUGAAUGUAUUCAUGAAAGUUCCAUGUGCCCACAGUGGCAAAACUUUUAUAUUCAGUUGCCUAUUCUAUAAGUGAAAGAAGCGAGAAGAAAUUAUUAAUGUGUUUUGACUGU